UCCUUCGAUGGGCUAAUACGCCUCCGGCCGGACCCAUUCCAGCUGAAACAAUAAAGGCCUGGUGAAGGGCCACUGCACAGAUCGAUUGACCUCCCAGAAUAACCAAUCAUGGCAUCACUCUUCAGUGCCGAUAAUGCUCCUCAGCUGGGCGUCGCCCUCCUCCGCGUGUCGCCCCUCGUCAUCUCGUCCGCGUCCCUCAUGUUCAGCUGGGCGCAAGACAUCUCGCUCGGCGCCUUCCUGCAUCCUUCGCUGCGGACAGAUCCCACCCACCCGAGCGGCAAGAUCCUACCGCGGUUCCUGCCGGCAUUCAUGAAACCGGGGAUUUGGGGCAUUGGAUUGACAUACCCACCGGCCACCGUGCUCUGCCUAGUGAACGGGUUCAGCGGCCAAAGCUCGGAGAUCCGUCAUCUCUACUUCGCCGGUGCAUUCUUCAGCAUCGCUCAUUUCUGCUGGGGGCCGUCCAUGUUUGCCAUUCUGCGCCGCAUUCAGGACCCUACCACUGCGGGGGUCCCCAACGAGAGCGCGCUCGAGACGUGGUUGCCCCGCCAUCACAGCCGGACGCUCUUGGUGAAUGUGCCAGCGUUCCUGUGCAUUUUCGCAGCGACAGUGGCGACCAUCGCGGAGGGGUUGAAGUAAUUAUGUUACAUCCCCUGUGGAUUGCUGUUCGUCAAUGUUCUGGAAUUUACGUACAGUUAGCAAUCCC